UGGUGUUGUAGCACAGUAGCAGUGAAAAAGCCAUUAUUUAUUUAUUCAGGUUUCUCAAUUCCUCUUGCCUUUGCUUAUCCCUUCCCACCCCAAUCCUACAUUAACAAAAGCCUCAGAUGUUGUCUCUUGUAUAACUCCCAAAACAUCUCUCUCCUUUUCAUUCUCUCUCAAAAAUCUUCUCUUUUUCUCUCUUUUGUCUCUUUCUCUGUUAAAAGAAAAGAACCAUUAUUUCCCACACACAGACACCUCGACUGUAACAAAAAUGCCUGCUGAUUCCGGCGACAGGCGUCCGGUUCGAGUCCCAGGAACCAUGGGUUCGCACCCACCACCCAAGCUGACUGAGCCACUUCCAUGCCCGAGGUGUGACUCGACCAGCACCAAGUUCUGCUACUACAACAACUACAACCUCUCUCAGCCUCGCUACUUCUGCAAGUCAUGCCGCCGUUACUGGACUCAAGGUGGAACUCUUCGAAACGUUCCUGUUGGUGGUGGGACCCGCAAGGCCUCCAAGCGCUCUCGAUGUUCUUCCGGGUCUUCUCCUUCCGUUGCAACUUCUUCUUCGUCAUCGAGCGUUACGCAUGAGGCUGAGUCUAUGCCUAUGGCUGCUGCCAACCCUGUCUCGGUUAUGCCUGGACCUGGAGUUAAACCUGAAAUGGGUUUGGCUGACGUGAAUUUGAAUGAGAGUGUGGAUCUUCCUGUGAAUGGAAGCUUCACUUCAUUCUUGAGCUCUCAGGGAGAAGGGUACUUAUCACUUGGUGGAUACGGGUUUGGAGCUGGUUCAGGGUUUGAUGGGGUCUGGGGAUAUCCUGGAAAUGGUUAUCUUGGUGGUUUUAGUGGUGGGGGCAGUGGUGGACCUGGUGGUGUUAUAGGCGGAACUACUGGGUGCAAUCAAUGGCAAACAACGAGCGAUGUUGAAGGUGGCGGAGGGUUAGCUGAUGGGGAUUGCUUUGGUUGGCCAGGUCUUGCAAUUUCUGCACCAGGGAAAGGUUUGAAGUGAAAAGGAUUCUGCCAUUUCGAGAAAAAAAGGUUUCGUCUUUUACUGUUUUAUGGAUUUUUGCCUCUUGGGUAGUGUCUGGGGAGUUUGCUGGUUAGUGGUGUUGUCCGUUUUAUUUUUUUUAAGUUCCUAGUUGUCUUUUCCUUUGGUGGGUAUAGAGAGAAAAGAUUAUAGUAGAAUAGAAGAUGACUGUUGAUCAAUGUGUCAUCUCUUGGGUAGUGGGUUUCCAUGUUCUUAGAGUUUUGUUUUUUGAAUGACUCUGUAAAUCUCUGGUGUCUUGAAUACUUUUGCACUGGGAAAGAAAUGAAUGAAAAACGACAGUUUUUGCAGCUCAAGUUCUACACUGCUGAAAAAUCCGAAUGCUAGCAUUUAUUUUUUUCUCUGUUUUCCUGUCUUUGGAAAUGGUGAUUUCCCAUUGCAAGCAGAACACUCUGAGUGACACGUAUGUUAUUGGAGUUUCGAUUUUCGAAGAAUGUCUGCAGGCUUCAGUUACCAACUACUCAACCAAUAGUUAUAAUCACUCAAAAGAGGAUGUUUGGUUUCGAAUGGCAUAUGAGCUGAUCUAGCAAAAACUUUCCAAGCUAUCUUCUUUGGCUCCAUUAGAGCUUCUACCCCACGAGCUUCCUUCUCAAAUUAAUCAGCAGUGCCGAUUCUGCCACUCUCAAUAAAAAUCAAUCUGGUUUGAGUAUUUGACUCCUCUUUCCAUGCCUCCAAUUCCAAAUAUGGUAGAUUAAUCAAAGAAUGGUAUAAAAUUUGAGCCUGCAAAUCACGAAUUCAACAGAAGGACAAGAAGGCAGCAGGUGGACCAGGAAUGCCAUGGAAUGUAGAAUGCUACCUAGAGAGAAAAAAUAUGUUCACCUCUUGGUCUAGUUUUGACAAAAAAAAA